AUGACGCAGAUUCGCCGCCACAUCCUCGUCGUCGGCUCGGUAGGAGCAGAUAUCGUGGUGGAAGUGAACCGUAUGCCAGCUCGCGGUGAGACGUUAUCUGCCAGCAAGCCCGACACGGGUAACGUUUACCCCGGUGGCAAAGGCGACAACCAAGCCGCUACAAUUGCCAAGCUUAUUGGACCCGAUCACCCGACCUUAAUCGCUAAGAUGGCUUGCCAUGGGGCUAACUCGGCUUGGCCAGAGGAGCUUCCAACUGCCUUGAUCGACGCCAUCAAGAAUGCGGCCAUUGUGCUCGUUCAAUGCGAAAUCCCUGUUCGCAGGAAUGUUCUUCCCUUGCUGACUUUCGUGUGCCCGAACGAAACGGAGCUCGCACGCCUAACGACACGUGGAGUGAAUAAUGUCGAGGAUGCAAUUGAAGCCUCCCGAUUCCUACAGGACCAAGGCGCAAAGGAUGUGUUGGUGACACUCGGAUCGGAUGGAUCCGUAUUCGUCCCUGCUGAUGGAUCAAAGGUGCUUCGACAAAGUGCAUUUAAGGUUGACAAUGUGGUGGAUACAACAGGUGCUGGCGACUGCUACCGUGGGGCAUUUGUAGUUGCGUUUGCUGAGGGUCGUGCGUUGCAGGACUGCAUGCUUCGGGCUUCUGCUGCGAGUGCCUUGUGUGUGCAGCAUGCUGGUGCGUUACCUAGUUUACCAUUGACUGAUGAGGUUGUAGCAUUUCUCAAGGUGAAUGGGUUAGAGUAG